AUGGAAUGUACAUGUAUUCAAUUGGAUGAAUUACCUGAUAAAAUUCUUAUGAACAUUUUUAACAAACUACGUAAUGUGGAAAUACUUUAUUCUUUAUUGGAUGUUAAUAAACGAUUACAUAAAAUUGUAAAUGAUUCUAUUUUUACCAGUUGUUUAACAUUAUUCGAACGUUCAACUGAUGAUUUAUAUUAUUCUUUAAAUAAUUCGAUACUUGAUCGGUUUUGUUCAAAGAUUUUACCUCAAAUUCAUGAUAAAAUCAAAUGUAUUAAUAUCGAAUCAUCAUCUAUGGAAUGUAUUCUUCUUUCUAGUAGUUAUCCUAAUUUGAAAGAACUUGGUUUAUAUGAUCUUAAAAUCGAAAAUGCUAAACAUCUUUUUAUUGAAAAUACAUCUUUGAUCAAUAUAUUUAAAAAUCAAAUUUCAUCGUUGGUUAUUCAUAUUACUAAAAGUAGUGAAAAAUAUAAUACAAGAAAUGAUAUACUUGAAUCGAUAUUUACACAUAUCUUCUGUAUGUUUACUAAUUUACAAUAUUUAAAUUUCAAUCCAUCUUUAAAUUUACAUCAAACAAUAUCAAUGGAAAUUUCUCGUUUGUCUUUUUUCUCUUCAACGCUAUUGGAAUUACAUAUCAAUGUGGGAUGUUUUCUUGAUUGUCUUUAUUUACUUGAUGGACAUUUUAAUCAACUUCAUACAUUUCAUGUUAAUAUUUAUGAUAUUGUCUUAUCGAAUCGAUUAUCAAUGUAUAAUAAAAAUGAACUACCUAACUUAAAAUGCUUUUCAUUGCACUGUAGUAAAGAGACAUAUGUUUAUGAUGAAACCAUUAUAUCAUUGUUACAUCGAAUGUCAAAUUUAGAAACACUUGAUUUGCAUCUUAUUGUUGGUAGAAAAAUAACAUUUAUUGAUGGUAAUGAUUUGAAAAAAAAUAUUAUUAAUCAUAUGACAAAAUUAAAGAAAUUUACAUUUAAUAUUUGCUCAAAUAUUAUUUGUCUUCAUAAUCAAAUUGAUUUAAUAUCAAAUGAAUAUAUUGAAAAUACAUUUAGAGAUUUUAAAAAUUAUCAAAUAAUUUCUUCUAUUGAUUAUUUUUCAAAAGCAGAAAAAGGUCAAUGUCUUAUUUAUACAUAUCCAUAUAAUUUGAAAUAUUACAAUAAUAUAACAAAUUUUUUUCAAGGUGGAUUAUUUAAAUAUGUCUCGGAAAUAUCAUUAUAUGAUGAACAUCCUUUUGAACAUGAAUUUUUUCUUCGUAUUACUCAAUCAUUUCCAUUUAUGAAAAAAUUAUCUUUAAUUAAUGAGAAACCACAAAUGAAUAAAAAUCAAAAUUUAUCAAUCAUCGAAUAUCCUCAUCUUAUUAAACUUGUUCUUAUUGAAGCUCACGAAGAUUAUAUUGAACAAUUUUUACUUGAUACGAAAUCGUCUUUAUCACAUAAUGUUCAGCUUUUUGCUGAAUAUUGGUCAUUGUUAAAAGUCACUCACAAUUUUAGAAGAGAUACAACACGAAUUAAUUGUUCCAAAGUGGUUUUUUGCACAUAA